GACGAAGAAGUGAAUGCACUGGAUGAGAACUUACCAGAGGAGAGCUGUGAUUUUUUUUCUCCCCCUUCUUACCAUCCGGUUUAAAGGAAGGAUUGUGCUUUUCCUUUUAUGUUAUUUUUGAACUGAGAACACUUGGUUGGCCGUGUGAAUCUUAAACAUCAAUUCAGCCGAAGAAGGAAGCGACCUAUACGACGAAAAAAAGGAGCUGCCAUAGCAGCUAGCGCCAGGUUGCGGAAACGUCCUGAUGGUGUGUUUCUCGAGUUGAAGAAGCCCACCUGUCGCAGUGUGUCUCAUCUUCCAAAGCCGACAUGUCCAUCGCGAACACGCCCACUAGCAACGAUGCCUGCCUCAGCAUCGUGCACAGCCUUAUGUGCCACCGGCAGGGUGGCGAGAGUGAGAGCUUUGCCAAGAGGGCCAUCGAGAGCCUGGUGAAGAAACUUAAGGAGAAGAAGGAUGAGCUGGACUCGCUCAUCACCGCCAUCACCACCAACGGCGCCCAUCCCAGCAAGUGUGUCACCAUCCCUAGAACGCUGGAUGGACGACUGCAGGUGGCUGGACGCAAGGGGUUCCCACAUGUGGUCUAUGCCAAGCUGUGGCGCUGGCCGGACCUGCACAAGAAUGAACUGAAGCAUGUCAAAUACUGUCAGUAUGCGUUCGACCUCAAGGCCGACAGCGUCUGCGUCAAUCCCUAUCACUACGAGCGAGUGGUCUCACCCGGCAUAGACAUAUCAGGACUCAAUCUAACCAGCUCCAGGCCUGGCUCAGCGCUGAUGGUCAAAGAUGAGCAUGAUUUUGAUGGCCCCCAGAGCCUGCCCGCCAUGGAUGAGGGCCGUUCAAUGCAGACCAUCCAGCACCCUCCGUCAGGGGGCCGCCCGGGACCCUCCGACCUAUUCGCCCCCACCAACAUGCUUCCGCCCGCCGAGGCAUCCACUUCUGCCUCCACGUCAUCGUUUCCCACUGUCGCCACAGGAUCAGCUAGUGGCAACACCGUCUGGUCAAGGAACAACAGCUUCACCCCCAACACGCCGCACCACAGCAACGGUCAUCUGCAGCACCACCCUCCCAUGCCUCAGCCGGCACACUACUGGUCAGUCCAUGACGAGUUUGCCUUUCAGCCGCCCAUUUCCAACCAUCCUGCUCCAGACUACUGGUGUUCCAUCGCCUACUUCGAGAUGGACCUACAGGUGGGCGAGACCUUCAAGGUGCCGUCGUCGUGUCCCAUCGUGACCGUGGACGGCUACGUCGACCCGUCGGGCGGGGACCGCUUCUGUCUAGGCCAGCUCAGCAAUGUCCAUCGCACGGAGGCCAUAGAGCGAGCCAGGCUUCACAUCGGCAAAGGCGUGCAGCUGGAGUGCAAAGGCGAGGGUGACGUGUGGGUGCGCUGCCUCAGCGACCACGCCGUCUUCGUGCAGAGCUAUUACUUGGAUCGCGAGGCCGGCCGGGCGCCCGGAGACGCCGUCCACAAGAUCUACCCCAGCGCUUACAUUAAGGUGUUCGACUUGCGUCAAUGUCACAGGCAGAUGCAGCAACAGGCGGCGACUGCUCAGGCGGCAGCUGCAGCGCAGGCAGCAGCCGUGGCGGGCAAUAUCCCUGGACCCGGCUCAGUCGGAGGCAUUGCACCCGCCAUCAGUCUGUCGGCGGCAGCCGGCAUCGGUGUGGAUGACCUCCGCCGCCUCUGCAUCCUGCGUAUGAGCUUUGUGAAGGGCUGGGGGCCCGACUACCCUCGGCAGAGCAUCAAGGAGACGCCAUGCUGGAUCGAGAUCCACCUGCACCGCGCCCUGCAGCUGCUGGACGAGGUGCUGCACACCAUGCCCAUCGCUGACCCCCAGCCACUCGACUGAACUCCUCACAACCGAGGGACUCAUUUUGCUUGUUGGUGUUCUCGUCGUUCUCGUCAGGUGGGUUUUGACGGUGCUGUAGUGUGAACCCAAAAUGACACAUUUCAUUUGAAAGGACAAACAGGAUCGGUCAGACUACUGGACUAGACCAGAGUGCUGUGUUUUCCACAUGAUGAACAUUCGUGCCCCCGCCCCCUUGUAUUUACCAGCCACUUCAUUAGGUACACAUGCAUAAAUAGCUAAUAUAGUUUAAAGAUAUUUUCACAAGUAUUGGGGAGUAUUAGGGCCACAUUGUAAAGAGAAGAAAAACAUUUUUUUU